UGCAUUCAGUGCGAGUAUUGUGGCCGCUAGGUGGUAGCUCUGCACCAGGAUAUCCUCCUCCCAGGUCGUCGAAACAACAAACCGAACUACGGAGCAAGCGGGGUGAGAGAACGUCCGAAACCGCCUCUGACCGCGACUUUUAAACUCUUUUUACAGAAUUGUGGCGGAAUUCAGACGGAGGCUGUAUACGAGUAGUAAAAGUUACGAUUGUACCGGGACUACAUUUCACAACAAGGUCACAUGCAACGUCUCCUGCCUUGUAUUUUGUGAGGAUUAUAAGCCAGUCGUAAGUUAAAGUUAUCCAGAAGAUGUUGCAACAAUGAUAGCACCAGAAAUACCAUCAGAGUUCGCCUAUACUCAGGAUACAGACACUCGAUUCUCCUCAGACACAGACUUCUCUGAGGAUCCUGAUGGAAGGAGUGCAAAUUCAGCUAAAGGAAAGGGUGGAAAGAAGGGGAAGAAGGCAGCAGGGGAGAAAGGAAAAGGAGGGAAAGGAGCAGGCCGUAUAAAUGGCCACCACCAAGAGAAUGGCAUGGAAAACAUGAUGCUGUUUGAGGUUGUGAAGCUGGGAAGGAGUGCAAUGCAGUCUGUUGUUGAUGACUGGAUUGAAUCUUACAAACAUGACAGAGAUGUUGCACUGUUGGAUCUCAUCAAUUUCUUCAUCCAGUGCUCAGGAUGCAAAGGUGUGGUUACUGGAGAAAUGUUUCGCAACAUGCAGAACUCUGAGAUCAUCCGACGGAUGACAGAGGAAUUUGAUGAGGACAGCGGUGACUACCCUCUAACCAUAGCCGGGCCCCAGUGGAAGAAGUUCAAAACAAGCUUUUGUGAAUUCAUUUCGGUGCUAGUGCGCCAGUGUCAAUACAGUAUCAUCUAUGAUGAGUAUAUGAUGGACACAGUCAUCUCCCUUCUCACCGGACUAUCGGAUUCCCAAGUCCGAGCCUUCAGACACACCUCAACACUGGCAGCCAUGAAGCUGAUGACAGCCCUGGUGAAUGUAGCUCUAAACUUGAGCAUCAACAUGGACAACACCCAGCGCCAGUAUGAGGCAGAGAGAAAUAAAAUGGUCGCUAAAAGGGCAAAUGACAGGCUGGAGCUGCUGUUGCAAAAACGUAAAGAGCUCCAGGAAAAUCAGGACGAGAUUGAAAACAUGAUGAACGCAAUAUUCAAAGGAGUGUUUGUGCACAGAUAUCGGGAUUCAAUAGCAGAAAUCAGGGCGAUCUGUAUAGAAGAGAUUGGAGUGUGGAUGAAACUCUAUAGUGAUGCCUUCCUCAACGACAGCUAUCUGAAGUAUGUGGGAUGGACGAUGCACGAUAAGCAAGGUGAAGUACGUCUAAAGUGUCUCACAGCACUGCAGGGCCUCUAUCACAACAGAGAACUCAAUGCCAGACUGGAGCUCUUCACCAGUCGCUUUAAGGACCGCAUCGUCUCUAUGACUCUUGACAAAGAAUAUGAUGUAGCAGUACAAGCUAUUAAGCUACUUACUCUUGUCUUGAAUAGUACAGAUGAGGUGUUGACUCCUGAGGACUGUGAGAGUGUCUAUCACUUGGUGUACUCGGCACACAGGCCGGUCGCAGUUGCAGCUGGAGAAUUCCUUUUUAAGAAAUUGUUCAGCCACCGAGAACCGGAAGAUGAAGGUGCCCCUAAAAGGAGAGGCAGACAAAGUCCCAAUGCCAACCUCAUUAAGACCACUGUCUUUUUCUUCCUGGAGAGUGAGCUCCACGAGCAUGCGGCUUACCUAGUGGACUCACUCUGGGAAUGUGGUGCAGAGCUACUGAAAGACUGGGAGUGUAUGAUCAGCUUACUGCUAGAUGACCCGUUGCCAGGAGAGGAAGCUCUUACAGACAGACAAGAGACGGCUUUGAUUGAAAUCAUGCUGUGCACUGUACGCCAGGCUGCUGAGUGCCACCCACCUGUUGGAAGAGGAACAGGGAAGAGGGUGAUGACGGCUAAAGAGAAGAAGACUCAGCUGGAUGACAGAACCAGAAUAACAGAGCUGUUUGCUGUGGCUUUGCCCCCUCUACUGGCAAAGUAUGCCGUGGAUGGAGAGAAGGUGACUAACUUGUUGCAGCUUCCGCAAUUCUUUGACCUGGAAAUUUAUACCACAGGGCGUCUGGAGAAGCACCUGGAAUCCCUGCUGCGUCAGAUCAAAGAAAUUGUGGAGAAGCACACAGACACUGAGGUUUUAGAGUCCUGCUCUAAGACUUACCACGCCCUCUGCAAUGAGGAAUUCACAAUCUUUAACAGGGUGGACAUAGCCCGCUCCCAGCUGCUGGAUGAGCUGGUGGACAAAUUUAAUAGGCUAUUGGAGGACUUUUUACAAGAGGGUGAAGAUGCUGAUGAAGAUGAUGCUUAUCAGGUUUUGUCAACUCUAAAGAGGAUCACAGCUUUUCACAAUGCACAUGACCUCUCGGGAUGGGACCUUUUUACCAGCAACUUCAAGCUGCUUAAUACUGGCAUAGAGAACGGGGACAUGCCUGAGCAGAUAGUCAUCCAUUCACUGCAAUGUACCCACUACGUGAUACUGUGGCACCUGGCCAAGUUAUCUGAGGGCAGCUCCAGAAAGGAUGAUCUGGUGACCCUGAGGAAGCAGAUGAGGGCAUUCUGUAUGAUGUGUCAGCGCUACCUCACCAACGUUAACACAGCUGUCAAAGAGCAGGCGUUCACCAUCCUGUGUGAUCUCCUGCUCAUCUUUAGCCACCAGAUGGUGUCCGGAGGCAGAGAACACCUGGAGCCCCUGGUCUAUUCUCCAGAGGACUCACUACAGUCUGAACUGCUCUCGUUCAUCAUGAACCAUGUCUUCAUAGACCAGGAUGAUGACACAAAUAGCACAGAUGGGCAACAGGACGACGAGGCAGUAAAGAUUGAAGCUCUGCACAAGAGAAGAAACCUCCUGGCUGCCUAUUGUAAACUCAUUAUCUACUGUGUGGUAGAAAUGAGGACUGGAGCUGAUAUCUUUAAACAGUACAUGAGGUAUUACAAUGAUUACGGUGAUAUCAUCAAGGAGACUAUGAGUAAGACCCGGCAAAUUGACAAGAUUCAGUGUGCCAAGACGCUCAUCCUCAGUUUGCAGCAGUUAUUUAUUGAAAUGGUGACUGAACUGGGUCAUGGCUUUGAUCGCUCCUCCUCGGCAUUCUGUGGAAUCAAGGAGUUGGCACGUCGUUUUUCUCUAACUUUCGGUCUCGAUCAAGUCAAAACCAGAGAUGCCAUUGCCAUGCUGCACAAGGAUGGUAUUGAGUUUGCAUUUAAGGAGCCUAGUCCCCAAGGAGAAGGAAGCCCCCCACGCAACCUGGCUUUCUUGGACAUCCUCAGCGAGUUCUCCUCCAAGCUUAUGAGACAAGACAAGAGGACUGUCCACAUGUACCUGGAGCGAUUCAUGACGUUCCAGAUGGCGCUGCAGCGAGAGGACUGCUGGCUUCCUCUCAUCUCCUACAGGAAUUCCCUACAGGCUGGGGGCGAUGAUGAUACCAUGUCUGUGAUGAGUGGCUACUCCAGCAGAGGCUCUUCCGUUCGCUCCAAGAAGACUAAGCCUCCUGUUGUUACAGCUGGAACUUCAGCAGCCAAGAGGAAGUUGCCAGAAGAGGAGAGCAGCAGCAGCAGCGAAGUCUGGCAGCAGAGCAUGCAGACUCCAGUCAUGAUGCCAUCUCCCCAUCUCACCUCCACUGCCAUGCGGGACCCUAAGAGGGCACGUGAUGACAGCUUCAUGGGGGUCUACCCCCUCCCUCACGACCAGCAGCAACCCCACCAACACCCGCAGCACCAUCAACCGACGCCCCAGCACCACCAGGCAUCCAUGGAUUACAAUUCCCAGGUGACGUGGAUGCUGGCUCAAAGACAGCAAGAGGAGGCACGCCAGCAAGAAAGAGCCAUGAAUUAUGCCAAGCUCAGGACCAAUCUGCAGCAUGCUAUUCGUCGCGGCACUGGGCUCAUGGAAGAAGACGAAGAGCCGAUUGUGGAGGAUGUGAUGAUGUCAUCAGAAGGCCGUAUGGAUGACCUCAAUGAAGGCAUGGACUUUGACACCAUGGACAUUGAUCUGCCACCCUCCAAGAACCGCCGUGAGAGGUCUGAGCUCAAGCCCGAUUACUUUGACCCUUCUAUCAUGGAUGAAUCGAUGCUUGGGGUGUCCAUGUUUUAAGCUAAUAUCCAGAUGAUUUUGACGCUGGGAUGAGAGAAGAGGCGCUUUGUAUUUAAAGAGAAUUUUAGAAGUGAAAACAGAAGUGUUUUCUGUAAGAAAAGGCAAAAAUGAAAAAAAAAAAAGGAAAGAAAAAAAUCUGGCUUGUACUUUACGUGGACCAAUGACAACCCACACUCAGUGUUGCUUGCUCAGAGAGGACUUUGUUUCAAAUAUUUACUUUUAUAAUCUUGGGUAAGCUCUUCCUGUUCAGAAAUAGCGUAACAGGCCACUUCCAAACCUAUUAGAGAUGAGACAUGUCUGAAGAAAAAUCAGUAAUAGCUUUUUGUUUUCCUUUUUUUUUUUUUCCUCUUUCUUUUUUUUUAAUGGGGAUGAAAUGGUGUGUUUAACUUAAGAAACAUUUUUGUUUAUGUCUAACCCUUUUUACAAUUGUAGUAAGUUACCAGGUGUGAAGUAGUAAUUUAUAAACGGACUGUAGUAGCUUGCUUGUACUGUGUUAGCCAAGUGGAUGGAGGUCUUUGUUUCUGUGCUUUUUUUUUUCUUUUUUUUUCUUUUUU